CGAAAAAAAACGGCCUAGCACGAAGAUCAUCGCCAGUGUCGUAACUUGUAAUGUACUGUACGAGUUGCCGUAGAAAAGCUUUUCUGAUGGCGACAGCGCGCAAACGGGCGAGUCCUAACUCUGCGGGUGGAUAAAAAAAGUGCUUUAAAAAGACGCCAAUUUGACGCCUUUGCAAACAGCAAACGUGCAAACAGCUACUACAUUUGUCGGGACAUGGAUGAGCCCAUGCACGUGUAGAACUGAGGAGCCCUCCCCCUGCAAUGGAACCCCCGGACCCUAACGACGAUCCUAGCAGACAGACGAGCCCCCCCGGUGAUGCCAGGCCCCGGGGUGCCCCAGAGGAGGACGAGUCCUGGGACGCCGAGGAGGAGGGCCUGUACAGCAACUCCCCCCCCUGCACCCCCCGGCAGAUGAAGCGCAUGUCAGGGAAACACCAGAGGAACAGCCAGGGCCGCUCAGCUGGACGAUCCCCCAACAAGGACAAGCCAGACCCCACCAGCCCCUCGACCCCGAGGUCCCGGGACAGGGAGAGCCCUCGUCCGUCCGAGGUCCCCGAGGAGCACAGCUACAAGCAGGGGAAGAAGAAACGCUCCACCCAGCGCUCCACGGAAAGAGACAAGAAGACCUUCGAAGGCUCCUUCAUGCUGGACCCGCUGUCCAGGCCCAGCCCCUUCGGAGCCCUCAGCAUGGACCCCAGGAAGCCCUACCUAAGCCUGGGCAAGCUGCCCGUCAGCAUGCCCCACGCCCUGGCCCCCCGGCCCCACCGCCAGACGUCGCGCUCCGACUGCCCCGCCGACCGCCUCAAGUUCUUCGAGACGCUGCGCCUGCUCCUCAAGCUCACCUCCAUGUCGUCCAAGAAGAAGGAGAAGGAGCAGCGCGGCCUGGAGAACUCGGCCUUCAUGGGCCAGAACAACGAGGUGGUGUGGCUGGAGCUGCAGGCCUGGCACGCCCACCGCUCGGUCCACGACCAGGAUCUCUUUCUCUACACGGCCCGCCAGGCCAUCCCCGACAUCAUCAGGGAGGUGCUGCACUUCAAGGUGGACUACCACAGCCUUAGCCCCUGUAGGACGCAGCCAGAGGCCGGGGCAAAAGAACCAGGGCCGGCGGAGAGGGGCGGUCAGGACAUCCCCUCCCCGGGUGGUGAACCCUGGCUGGGCCGCUCUCCGGCCGCGGGCCCCUCGGAGGGCAGCCGCGUGGGGGUGGACCCGUGGGGCUUCAGCGCCAGCCCGUCCCCAUCGCUGGAUGUGGCGGCCCCGCUGGGCCCGGGGCAGGGCUGCCGGGAGCACCUGCAGAGGCAGCGGCUGGCCUUCCAGCAGGUGAAGAGGGUCAUGGAGCUGCUGGAGUCUGUGGAGGCCCUGUUCCCCUCCCUGCAGGCCCUGCAGAAGGACUACGACAAGUACGCCGCCAGAGACUUCCAGGGCAGGGUGCAGGCUCUCUGUCUAUGGCUCAACAUCACCCAGGACCUCAAGAAGCUGCGUGUCAUGGCAACCGUGCUGGGCCUCAGAGACUUGUCCCGGAUUGGCUGGCCCGUCUUCGAGAUCCCCUCGCCCCGCUGUUCCCGCGGCAACGAGGAAGAGCAAGACGAGGACGAGGACGAAGAGAACGACUCGACCGCCACCUUCACGGCCGACAGUGAGGGCGAGGAGCGGGACGCGGGGGAGGAGGGGGGGGAGCUGUCGCCCUGCCUCACGCCCAAGUUCACCCGCCUGCUGUCCGAGGAGGAGUUUCUGCCUGUGGCGGGGGAGGCAGGAGCGGGAGGGGCUGGGGCUGGGGGACAGUACUGCUCCACUGCCAUCUACCGGCCGUUUGUGGACAAGGCCCUGAAGCAGAUGGGCCUGCGUAAGCUGAUCCUCAGGCUGCACAAGCUGAUGGACCGAUCCCUGCAGCGGGCCAGGGCCGCCCUGCUCAGCCACACUCCUGCUCUGGAGUUUGCAGACUUCCCAGACCCCAUGCUGUACAGUGACUACCUGCCGGAGCUUUCCAGGCACCUGUCCUGUGGGGAUCCAGGCCGGCCCGAUCUGGACGCUGACCAGGUGUCGUGGGGGGAGCUGCUGGACAUGGACCUGCCCUCGUUCCGUCCGGCCUUCCUGGUUCUCUGCAGAGUUCUGCUGAACGUCAUCCACGAGUGUCUCAAACUGCGUCUGGAACAGAGGCCCGCCGGGGAACCCUCUUUGCUCAGCAUCAAACAGCUGGUGCGCGAGUGUAAGGAGGUGCUGAAGGGGGGUCUGCUGAUGAAGCAGUAUUACCAGUUCAUGCUGAGGGGCGUGGUCACCGACGCCCAGGGCCUGCAGACCAACGCCAACAUCGAUGAGUUUGAGGAAGACCUGCACAAGAUGCUGGUGGUGUACUUUGACUACAUGCACAGCUGGAUCCAGAUGCUGCAGCAGCUGCCCCAGGCGUCCCACAGCCUGAAGAACCUGCUGGAGGAGGAGUGGAACUUCACCAAGGUCAUCACCCCUUACAUCAGGGGAGGAGAGGCCCAGUCCGGCAAGCUCUUCUGCGACAUUGCCGGCAUGCUGCUGAAGUCUACAGGAGAGUUCCUGGACGCGGGGCUGCAGAAGAGUGGAGACGAAUUCUGGGGCAGCGGAGAGGACGAGACGAGCAACGUGUCAGACGAAAUCAGGCGGUCGGUCAUCGAGACCAGCAGGUCUCUGAAAGAGCUGUUCCAUGAGGCCAGGGAGAGAGCAUCCAAAGCUCUGGGCUUUGCCAAGAUGCUCCGCAAGGACCUGGAGAUUGCUGCAGACUUCAGCAUCACCAGUGGGGUGUCCAGUCUCCUGGAUGCUCUCAGGGAAAGAAACUAUGUCAAGGUCCAGAUCCCGGGGCUGGAGGAGCUGGAGGUGUUUGUCCCCAGCGUGCUGAUGGAGCAGCGCCCGCUGAUCCUGCAGCUGCUCCAUGCCGCCGCAGGGAAGGACUGCAGCAUGGAGCCGGAGGAGCAGAGCCAGGACGAGGCCUACCUGCUGAUGAGCAAGCCCGGAGCCUGGGGCUCGCCUGGGGAAACAGGCUGGGCGCAGUGGGGGGGCCAGACCAUCAAACUGGUGCCCCAGGUGGAGACGGUGGACACACUCAGGGCCAUGAAGGUGGAGAACCUGCUCCUGAUCGUGAUGCAGUCGGCCCACCUGGUGGCCCAGAGGAAGGCCUUCCAGCAGGCCAUGGAGGACGUGCUGUCCCUCAGCCGAGAGCAGACCUCCAGCCAGCCUCUCAUAGCCUGCGCCCUGGAGCAGCUCAAGAACGAGGCUCUCCAGUUGUGUAUAAGGAUCAGCUUGGCUAUCGACCAGGUGGAGUUCAUGUUCACGUCGGAGUUCCAGUCGGAGGUGGACGAGUCGGAGUGCUCCACCCUGCAGCAGUACUACCGGGAGGCCAUGAUCCAGGGCUACAACUUCGCCUUCGAGUACCACAAGGAGGUCGUUCGCCUGAUGUCUGGAGAGUUCCGCCAGAGGAUCGGAGAGCGCUACAUCUCCUUCGCCAGGAAGUGGAUGAACUACGUCCUGACCAAGUGUGAGAGCGGACGUGGGACUAGGCCCAGGUGGGCCACUCAAGGCUUCGACUUCCUCCAGGCCAUCGAGCCCGCCUUCAUCUCAGCCCUGCCUGAGGACGACUUCCUGAACCUUCAGGCGUUGAUGAAUGAGUGCAUUGGUCAUGUGAUUGGCAAGCCCCACAGCCCUGUCACUGGCAUGUACAUAGCCUCUAGGAAUAGCCCUCGACCCGUCAAGGUACCUCGUUGCCAUAGUGACCCACCCAAUCCCAACCUGUUUAUUGCCAAUGCCGAGGGAUUCAGUUCCAGGAGUUUACCAUGUGACCUGCGGACCCAGCUGUGGCCCCCCGGCCCCCGGCCAGCCCCUGCCCCCCCAGGCCCCGCUGGGGACCCCAGCCACCCCAAACCACCUGGUGGCACCACCCCCACCAGUGACCUCAGGGGCUCUAAUCUCCAUGAGAGCGACCGUCUGUCCUCGGUGGCUGCUGAGCUGCAGUUCAAGUCUCUUAGUCGUCACUCCAGCCCCACGGAGGACAGGGAAGAGCCCUCGUACCCCAAGGGAGACCCCAGCAGCACAGCACGCAGGAGCUGGGAGCUCCGCACCUUCCUCAGCCAAUCGAAAGACACGGCUGCCCGUCAGAACCCCAUGGAGUCGGUGCGUAGCUCGAUCCACUCCUUUGAGGAGAAGCGCUAUGCCGUCAUGAAGCAGCGCAACAUCAUCGGCCAAGUGUGCCACACCCCUAAGUCCUACGACAACGUCAUGCACGUGGGCCUGCGCAAGGUCACCUUCAAAUGGCAGAGGGGCAACAAGAUAGGUGAGGGCCAGUAUGGGAAGGUGUACACCUGUAUCAAUGUGGACACAGGAGAGCUCAUGGCCAUGAAGGAGAUCCGCUUCCAGCCCAACGACCACAAGACCAUCAAGGAGACGGCAGACGAGCUGAAGAUCUUUGAGGGCAUCAAGCACCCCAACCUUGUCCGCUACUUUGGAGUGGAGGUCCACCGGGAGGAGAUGUAUAUCUUCAUGGAGUACUGUGACGAGGGCACCCUGGAGGAGGUGUCCAGGCUGGGGCUUCAGGAGCACGUCAUCCGCCUCUACAGCAAGCAGAUCACCACGGCGAUCAACGUGCUGCACGAGCACGGCAUCGUGCACCGAGACAUAAAAGGAGCAAACAUCUUCCUGACGUCGUCGGGCCUGAUCAAGCUGGGUGACUUUGGCUGCUCGGUGAAGCUGAAGAACAACGCCCAGACCAUGCCUGGAGAGGUGAACAGCACCAUGGGCACCGCAGCAUACAUGGCCCCGGAGGUGAUCACGCGGGCGAAGGGCGAGGGUCACGGCCGUGCAGCUGACAUCUGGAGCCUGGGCUGUGUCCUCAUCGAGAUGGUCACCGGCAAGAGGCCGUGGCACGAGUACGAGCACAACUUCCAGAUCAUGUACAAGGUGGGCAUGGGCCACAAGCCGCCCAUCCCGGACAAGCUGAGCCGGGAGGGGAAGGACUUCCUGUCCCACUGCCUGGAGAGCGAGCCCAAGCGCCGCUGGACCGCAAGCAUGCUGCUCGACCACCCCUUCGUCAAGGUGUGCACAGAUGAGGAGUGAGGGGGGGACCUGAAACUGGAAUGUUUACACUUUGCUGUAACACUACUGUACAUGCUGGGCAAGGGCUUGUGGGUAACAGGAAGCUGCCACAGGAGCAAGAGGAAGUGGAGGAGGUGGAACUUCAGGCUGAAGGCACAUGCAUCCUAACUGACGAACUGUACGAAGAUUUCAUAAUUUAAGAGGGAACUGGAACAUGGAAGAAGGAAGUCCUAAUAUGGCUACUUCCUGUGGGGGUGGGGGGGGGGAUGAAUUGUAAAUACUGUAAUAACGGAUUGGGCUUGGAUCCUUGUAUAAAACAAUAUAAAGUAAUUAUCUCCACCUCUGAUGAUGUCACCGGGCAUGGAAGAAAGAACAUGAAGAUGGGAAGUGCUGAAGCGAGGGAUGAAACGAGAUCAAAGCUGUGGCACUUUUAACCUGAGGGGGGCGGGGUGGGGGGUGGAGCCCUCUCUGUGGACGCGACCUCACACACACACACACCUGUGUUAGGAGCUCGCCACCCAAAUAUGCAAUCAGCCAUCAGUACAACACUCACAGGCUGAAGCA